UUGUCAUCACGUGAGGUCACAAUGGUUUCUGAUGGUUUCGACGACUAGUGAUUAGAACAGCGAAUGUUUUGGAUUUCUUGAGAAAUUCAAGCAUCUGCCGUGUUCUGCAAAUAAAGAUAUAAUUCAAAAUAUUUAAUAAAUUAAGUAAUUUUCAUUGGAAUAUUGUUCAAAAUGACAGAAUAUUGGUUAAUAUCUGCACCAGGAGAUAAAACAUGUCAACAGACAUGGGAAACUAUGAACAAUUUAACAUCAAAACAACAUUCUUUAUCAGUUAAUUAUAAAUUUCACAUCCCAGAUUUAAAGGUGGGAACAUUGGAUCAAUUAGUUGGUUUAUCAGAUGAUCUAGGAAAAUUAGAUGCCUAUGUUGAACAAAUAACACGCAAAGUAGCAACAUAUCUGGGAGAAGUUUUAGAAGAUCAAAGAGACAAACUUCAUGAAAAUCUUUUGGCUAACAAUAGUCAAACGUCAGUGGAUGGGGAGAGCUCGAGCCCCGAAGGGGGUCCGGACACCCCGCCAAACACCCCCGUCACCCCAUCACACAAGUCUUCAAAGGAGCAUCACAAGCAGUGGAAGGAAUCGGAGAAAUGUGAACCAGAACCAGCCGCCUGUUUAGGUCAGCAUCAUUACCAGCGUCAUCAUCAUCACGAACAUCAUCAUAGUCAUAAACAUUACAAUCAUCCUUCUGAUGUUGAAAAAAAAUCAUCACAUAGUCCUCAAGGCAUCUGUGAUGUUAGAUCAUCAAAUGAUCCUUUAUCAGCAUAUUCGUGCUACCAUGCGCAUUGGUGCGCUGCUUCUACCUCUUCUACACCUAUUCCUAGUCCUACUCCUACGAGUCCAAGUCUUUCCCUUUCAUCAAACUGUAGCAGUGAAGGAGAAACCAGAUGGCAGUCGGCGACACGUCAUCGGACUACUGAGAAAGCAGAUCGAUCUACCUCCAAUCGCAAAUCGUUUGGCAAUGACGACGACGAAGACGAUGCGGACCAAAACAACGACCAAGACCAAGACCAAGACCAUAGUGGCAAUUUGCCCAAUCCAGGUGAUCUACCAUCAUAUAUAACUCGAUUCCAGUGGGACAUGGCAAAAUAUCCUAUCAAGCAAUCAUUAAGAAACAUUGCUGAUAUUAUCAGUAAACAAGUGGGUCAAAUUGAUGCAGAUCUUAAAACUAAAUCUACAACAUAUAAUAAUUUGAAAGGAAGUUUACAAAAUCUUGAAAAAAAACAGACAGGAAGUUUAUUAACAAGAAAUUUGGCAGAUUUAGUGAAGAAGGAGCACUUUAUUUUGGAUAGUGAAUAUUUAACUACUUUGCUUGUAAUUGUGCCAAGAGCAAAUUUCCAGGAUUGGUACAGUGGUUAUGAAAAAUUAACAAAAAUGGUAGUACCACGUACUACACAACUUAUUACUCAAGAUUCUGAAUAUGGAUUAUUUACUGUCACUUUAUUUAAAAAAGUUAUUGAAGAAUUUAAAUUACACGCACGUGAAAAAAAAUUUAUUGUUCGUGAUUUUACAUAUAAUGAAGAAGAACUAGCAGCAGGAAAAAAUGAAAUAACGAAAUUGGUAACUGAUAAAAAGAAACAAUUUGGUCCUCUUGUACGUUGGUUAAAGGUUAACUUUAGUGAAUGUUUUUGUGCAUGGAUUCAUGUUAAAGCUUUGCGUGUAUUCGUAGAAUCUGUUUUAAGGUAUGGAUUACCUGUGAAUUUCCAAGCAAUAUUAUUGCAUCCUCAUAGAAAAUGUGCAAGACGAUUACGUGAUGUUCUUAAUCAACAUUAUGCUCAUUUAGAUUCUUCUGCCACAGCAUCUUCUGCUGCUCAAGGAACUCAAGAUAGUGUGGAUAUACCAGGAUUAGGUUUUGGCCAAAAUGACUAUUUCCCUUAUGUGUAUUAUAAAAUCAACGUAGAUAUGGUUGAUAAUAAGGUUUAAUUAUUAAAGACAUCUAUUUUCUUAAAUUUUAAAUAUUCUUUAAUUUACGUAACACAUACUUCUAUAACUCCAGGUAUUUAAAGCAGGUGCGUACACAGUAGUUUUUUCUGUUUACAUGAAAUAUAAUGUUUUAUUUUUUAGAAUUUUGUUUUCAAUAUAAAUCUAUAAUCUUUCUGAUUUUCAAUAAAUCUAAUUAUCAUUCAUUCACUUGCAGGAGUAAAUUAAAUAUUUACUUAAAAAAUAUUUUUAUAAUAUUUUUAUAAUACAUCAAAUACCUGGAGAGAUGUAUGUACUUUGAUAUUAGCUCAAUAAACUAUGCAUAAUAGGAUGUACAAUCAUUUGUAUAAAUUUUAGCAAACACAUUUGAAUAUGUUGCAAACUUUUUUUUUUAAAUGGGCUAUAUUUAAUUGAACAAGAUACCAGUAAAUUAAAUUCAUCAAUAUAAUUAUUAACUGCUUUUCAAAGAAAAUUAAAAUAUUGAAAAAUUUAUUGUUUCGAUUAUAGCAACGAUAUAUUGCUUAAAAUAUCUGUAUGUAAAUGUAUCAAAAUUCUUACAAUUAAAUAUAGCACAAUUUAUUUUACAUAGCACUACAUAAUGAGCGGAAAAUAUCGUGCCAGAAUAGAAAUUCUGCAAUGUAUAAUUGUAGUAUUUUAUGUAUUGUUUAUAAAAUUAAGAUCAUUGUGAAUAUUGUUAUAAAAGAGAAAGUUCAUCUUGUUAUAAAAACAUAUGUCAUAAUAUCUAUUUUGAUUCAAAUGCUUUUACCAUGUUUAUUCAAUAAUUCUUCAUAAUGCUUAUAUUAUACAAAAACUAGUAAAAUAAGUAUUAUUCAAAUAUUAAAAUACAAUAAAUUUAUUUCAUUAAAUAUAAUGAAAAUAUAAUAUUUUAAUAAUGCAAAGUAUAUCAGAUACAUGCUAAUGUAUCAAAAUGUUAUUUAUUGAAAGUUAUAAAACUCCAGACACAUUACACAGUUUGGUUCUUAAAGUAUUAUUAUUAAUGUUAUAUUUUAAAUUUUAGUGAUAUAUAAAAAAACUUCAUUGUAAUAAAUUCAGUUCAAGUAUUA